AUGGUGAAAGUUACUGUUUGCGGAGCUGCCGGCGGCAUUGGCCAGCCCCUGUCCCUCAUGUUGAAAAUGAAUCCCUACAUAAACGAGCUAUCUCUGUUCGAUGUCGUCAAUGUUCCCGGUGUUGGCACCGACCUGUCCCACAUUGACACAGACACCAAAAUCUCGUACCAUUUGAAAUCAGACGACAACAACACUGGACUUUCCCAGGCUCUCCAAAACUCGAAUUUUGUCAUCAUCCCCGCAGGCGUUCCCAGAAAACCUGGAAUGACCAGAGACGACCUGUUCAAAAUCAACGCUGGCAUCUGUUCGGAGCUCGCAACAGGUAUUGCAGAGACCUGUCCGGAUGCCACAGUGCUGGUGAUCUCGAACCCGGUCAACUCCACCGUGCCAGUGUUCGCGGAGGUGUUCAAAAAGAAGGGUACGUUUAAUCCCCGCAAAUUGUUUGGUGUCACGACGCUGGACUCGGUGAGGGCGAACACCUUCAUCUCAGAAAUAGCAAGUAACGAAGCAGACAAGGCCCCUAGCGCGUUCAAUAUCAGAGUUGUGGGAGGACACUCGGGUGAGACGAUCGUUCCUCUGUUCUCUGUUUGUGCACCCCACGUCUACGCUCUGGAGGACGAGAAAAAGAUAGACGCUUUGGUGCACAGGGUGCAGUACGGCGGAGACGAGGUCGUUCAGGCGAAAAACGGUGCAGGCAGCGCUACGCUGUCGAUGGCAUACGCCGGCUACAAGUUUUUGCACGCGGUCCUCGCGGCAUCGACAGGCGACACGACGAUCAUCGAGUCGGCGUACGUGUAUUUGGACGACUCGAUCCCGGGUGCGAAGGAGACAAGAGAAAUAAUCAAGGGACUUUACGGUGGUGAGUCGCUGGACUACUUCGCGAUGCCUGUCGUGCUGAGCAAGGAAGGAAUAAAGGAGAUCAAAAGUGACAUCCUCUCCAGAGUCAACAACAAAGAGAAAGAGCUGCUCAAGAUCUGCUGUAAAACAUUGGCGGGAAACAUCGCCAAGGGAGCCAGCUUCUCGCAAUGA